UGCCAACGGACCCUGGAUGGAUUGGAUGGAUGUACAUGUGCAUGCGGGUAGGGGUAUGGGUAUGGGCAUGGUGAUGGUGGCGGCUGAGGCCACCCAACCGGAGAGGAGAGACAAAGACAUGCUUCGGUCUGGGGAACCAAAUUGUGGAGGGCAUCUAGACCGACCGGACUGAACCACCUCCAGUCGCGAACCCCGGAGAGAAACAAAAAGGGCGGCCACGGGAUCACUUGGAUCAGAUUCGAGGCGCUUUGAGCACAAGGAGCCCAGGGAGCUCAGGCAGCACAUGGCACGCCAUAAUGUGCGAUGACGCAUCCGGAGGUGGAGGGAGGCUGGACUCGAUUUGUGGGGGAGGGAGCUGUUUUGUGGUGGUUGUCAUGGAUGAGGGUUGUCAGCCCCCGCAGUCUCUCAGUCGCAACCGGCGCCGCUGCCACCAUGGUGAUCCUGCUCCCCAAGCGCCGUUGAUUCGCACAUACUUUCCGUCGUCUCAGUUGGAGAAGAGCCCACGUUCACGCUCACCGACCACGCGCCACCCCUCCUCUCAUCAAUUCGCCCAGGGUGUUUGCCGUGGGCUGGGCUGCAUAUCCUUGCACAGGAGGCGGCCCAACACAGUCGACAGACCGCAGCCUGGGCUUGAUCGGCUGACUGCACCGCUGCUGGAUUGUGCGGGGAGACGAGAGGUCUGGUCGGGUCUAGUGCGCCGUGAUUCUUCUGUCGUGUAUGGAGUACGAAGUACGAAGCAGACACACGGGGAGUCCAGCUGCCCAACUCCCCGAGCCCAGGCGUGUGGUGCCCGCCCACAAGCACCUCCCACAGCGGCUCUCGCUCAGUGGCGUGUUAGCGGCUGUUCCCAACGGAACUAUCCCCCUGCUGUCGUGGUGGAUGCAGCCUCCAGACCACGACACGAACCACCGCAGCAACUAGCAUUCCGAGUGACUCGAAAUGUUGACGCGAUACGACACAAAAACCACCAGCCUGGGACGAGGCCAGGAUCCCAACCGGACAUGAUCGCCGUCAGCCGAGACGAGACUGACUUUGGCCAAGGUUCUAGGGUGGUUGCACGAGGGGUUGGCCUAUUUAACGAAUGACAGAGAUAAUCUCUUGUGUUGCAAAAACAACUGUGCUUCUCGCCUAUCAUGUGAGGCAAUCCGACCUUCUUAAAUCAAGCUGUACUCUUAAAAAACCUGAGGAAUGGUUUGUGUGUCACUCUGGGUGGAACAUGGUUCUUGG